UAUUAUCAUCAGGUACUGAUAAUUGGCACAUUUCUCAAUAUAGAUAGAAAAAAGAGUCAGUAAUCAGCACUGACGUCAUAAUGGAGAUAAAUAUGAAUAUGGGCCACUGGGCCAGACCCGUUUAACACUUUCCCGGCGAACUUUUUCCCCAAUUCAUCAGCAAACAGUUGACAAUUCACCGAAUUCCGAUCUCCAUGGAACCCAAAACUUCCCCUAUCUCCUCUUCACAACCCAAACACCAAAACCCUAACCCUAAAAACAAAGAUUUCCUAAUCCAUCUCGAAGCUUACCUCUCCAAACGUGACGGCGUUGACAAAUUACUCAAAAUCACCCGUUACGCAACCAAAAUCAUCCUCUCAUCUUCCGUUAUCCCUGACUCCGUUCCGUUAUCUCACCGUUUAAAAUCCUUCGAAUCAAACGUUGGUGUUAGCCGUAAAGCAUUUCGUUUAGGGAAAUUCGUGCAAGACGUUAAUGCACUCCGUUUAGCUUCUGUUAGUUCAAAAGAAGAGUUAAUAUUAACGUUUUUAGCUUAUGGUGGUGAGGGGUUGUAUUAUUUUGUUGAGCAAUUUGUUUGGUUGGGUAAAGCUGGGUUAAUUGAUAAGAAGAAUUUGAGUAAUUUACAAAAGAUUAGUGCUUGGUGUGAGUUUAUUGGGUAUAUUGGAAGUGUGAGUUUGAAAGUUAGGGAGUUGAGAAAUAUUAAAGAAGAUGAAGAGUGUUUGCUUUCGACUAUUGAGGUUUCGAUUAUUAGGGGAAUUGGGUAUGCUGAGGAAGAGGAGAGAUUGAGGAAAUUGAGGUUUAAAAAGUUGAUGAAGAGAUUAUCAGUAAUUCAAGAUUUUGCUGAUGGGUUAAUGUGUUUGGCUGAUAUUAGGGAUGGUAAAGGUUUGCUUUCUGCACCGUUGUUGUUGUCGUCGGCGGGGUUGUUAUCAGCUCUUAUUAGCACACAUAAGAAUUGGAUUUCUUGCUGAUCUUGGAUAGUUGGAUUGGAGUUAUGAUUUGUGCUUAAUCAAGUGGAUUAGUUAGUGAUAAAGAUUCGUUUUUUAAAAGAAAUGUAAUUUGUUUUCACCCAAAAUAAGAAGGGAAUAGGGAGGUAUACAAUAUGUUAUGUUAUCCCAUUGCAGAUAGAAAUUUCUAUCUGAAAGAUAGUUACUUUGUGACUCAUAAUAAUUUUCUUUGAUAAUGAAAGUUUCUGGCUUUUGAUA